AUGCCAAAGCGUACAGAUAUCAAAUCAGUAUUAGUCAUAGGAGCUGGACCAAUAAUCAUAGGUCAAGCAUGUGAAUUCGAUUAUUCAGGCACUCAAAGCUGCAAGGUAUUAAAGAGUGAAGGAUAUAAAGUAAUUUUAGUUAAUUCAAAUCCUGCAACUAUAAUGACAGACCCUGAAUUCUCCGACGUCACUUAUAUUGAACCAAUCCUACCCGAAAUAGUAGAAAAAAUCAUAAUCAAAGAAAAGCCAGAUGCAAUACUGCCAACAAUGGGAGGACAGACUGCUUUGAAUUGCGCAAUGAAGCUUGCAGACACUGGAGCAUUAGAUAAAUAUAAUGUAGAAUUAAUAGGAAUAAAUAGAGAAACGAUCAAGAAGGCAGAAGAUAGAGAACUAUUUUGUCGAUCUAUGGAUAAGAUAGGGCUUAAGUAUCCAAAAAGCAUUAUUAUAAAAAGUCAUGAACAAAUCAAGGAAGCUUUAGCAUAUAUAGGGCUACCUGCUAUCAUUCGUUGA